AUGGCGGAACGGACCUCACAAUCUUCGAAUCCGAAUCCACCAUCGACUUCUCAACGAUUUCAGAACGAUCAAACUGAGAAUCCGUAUUAUGUCAACAAUAAUGAUCAUGCUGGUUUGAUUUUAGUAUCCGAUCGAUUGACGAAUGCAUCGGAUUUUCAUUCCUGGAAACGAUCUGUAAUGAUGGCCUUGAAUGUCAGAAAUAAGCUUGGUUUUGUUGAUGGAACGAUUCCAAAGCCUUUGGAAGAUCAUCGAGAUUAUGGAGCUUGGACUCGAUGCAAUGAUAUAGUUUCUACAUGGUUGAUGAACUCUGUGUCCAAGAAGAUUGGGCAGAGCUUGCUUUUUAUUCCUACAGCUGCAGGAAUCUGGAAAAAUAUACUUGCUCGUUAUAAGCAAGAUGAUGCUCCGAGGGUCUUUGCUAUAGAGCAACGUUUGAGUAAGAUAGAACAAGGUUCUAUGGACAUUUCUACUUACUACACUGAAUUACUUACUCUGUGGGAAGAGUUAAAGAACUAUGUAGAGCUUCCUGUUUGCACUUGUGGUAAAUGUGAAUGUGAUGCGGCUGCUAAGUGGGAGUUGCUUCAGCAGAGAGGUCGUGUUACAAAGUUUUUGAUGGGCUUAAAUGAGAGUUAUGAUCAGACAAGAAGACAUAUACUCAUGCUCAAACCUAUACCAACAAUGGAGGAGGCUUUUAAUAUGCUGACUCAAGAUGAAAGACAUGUGCAAAUUAAACCAGUCUCAAGAGUUGAUAAUGUUGCUUUUCAAGCUACUGUUCCAAUGGAUAAUGAAAUGGAGAAUUCUUAUAUAGCAGCUUAUAAUACAGUUCGGCCAUCUCAGAAGCCUGUAUGCACCCAUUGUGGGAAGAUUGGGCAUACAAUUCAGAAAUGUUACAAGCUACAUGGUUUUCCACCCGGUUACAAGACAAAUGGUAAUACUGUGAGGCCUCAGGUGGUUCCACCAACUCAGUUUCAGCCUCGGAUGCCAAUGUCUCAAUAUCAACCUCGAAUGGCUUUUCAACCUAGAGCUCAGAUGAACCCUUAUGAAUCUAUGCAGAAAGCUAAUGCUAUUGCUAAUGUUUACUCAGAAAAUCAGUUGUCUGCAAAUGAAUAUGGUGCUUAUGGACAGUUUACACAACAGUAUAAUCCUAGUCCUGCACAAGCUUUGCCUUAUGUUGCUUCUGAUGGUUCAAUCCAGAAUUUACAGAAUCUAUCUUCACAGCAAAUUCAGCAACUGGUUCAACAAUUCAAUUCUCAAGUUCAACAUGCAGCACCGGAUUCUGAUGUUCCUAUUGCUGCUGUAACCAGUACUCAUAGCACUGCUACAAUUUCUGAAAAUGGUGUAAUGGCAAAAACAUCUACUUCUGGAACUUUCUCAGGGCUUGAUGAUUGGGAAGUGUAAACUUUACAACAACUUGUAUAUUCUUGACAUUGAGAAUCAAUCCCUUUCUUCAUCAAAACCUGUGAUUUGUUCUGUUACUGCUUCAAAGUUGGCUGAUGGUGUUCUUUGGCAUCAGAGGUUAGGACAUCCUUCACCAGCUGCAUUGAAUAAACUAGUUAGUCUUAUACCUUCUUUAAAACAUGUAUCACCUUGUGUGUCAGAAUGUGUCAUCUGUCCUUUAGCAAAACAGAAGAGAUUAGCUUAUGUUUCUCAUAAUAAUCUAGCCUUAAAUCCUUUUGAUUUAGUUCAUAUGGAUGUAUGGGGUCCUUUUAGUACUACUUCUAUAGAAGGUUUUAAAUACUUUUUCACUCUAUUUGAUGAUUGUACAAGAGUUACAUGGGUUUAUAUGAUGAGAAAUAAAAGUGAUGUUUUGACUA